GUUGUUGUUUUGAAUUUGAAUUUAUGAUGGAAAUGUGAUAAAUCAUAACCUAGUUCUUGUGUUCUGUGUUGACUGUCUUUGUCUUAACAUUUUUAAAUAUUCACCGUUCUAUUUUUUAGCAGUAUUCAGUAGAUUCGGUAUUCUAGAUUAACGUGAAUGAGUUUAUCACUAAAAUGAGUUUCAAUACUGAUUGGGAUAUCGAGAAAUAUAGAUCAGGCUUUGAUGCUGAUGACCACUGGAAGUUAAAGAAAUCAUUUAUUCUAGCAAAUAAAGACAAAUAUCCUGAAGAGAGAUUAGUAUGUCUUGCAAAUGUCUUCUAUAAUGUUGAGUUCCUUGGAUGCAGGUAUUCAGAAAAUUUGAUGAAACUGGUGGAAGAGCUUUCCAAAGACGUUGAAGUGGAUUAUCGUGAACAAAAGAAAACGCGUUUACAGAGAACAUUUAUUGCAGCUUCUGAUGCUGCUGAAGCAAAAGCUAAAGGUACGAGUCAUAGAACUGAAGAAACCAGUAAACGUGAUAAAAAGCCACCAAAUUUUGUUUCGAAAGGACCAUCGAUAAAUGAAUUUAUCAGGAAAGAAGAGGAUGAAUUGACGCCUGAGGCGCUACAAACACUCCACGAAAUGAAGAGCAUUUCUGGGCCAUGUGGCUCAAUAUACAUUGUCGUUUCCUGUGAUACAAGCCAAUAUCUCAACAAUUUACGGAGAACAUCAUCUACUUGGAAAAUGCAACUUUUCCAUGAGAUUAGACAGGAGCCAAAAGAUAACUGUCUUAUUUGGAGGUGUGUAACAACGUUUGGAACUAUCUCUGCUAUCACUGAAGGGCAAGUGAAAACUAAAACGAGAUCGGCGUCGUGCGAGUAUAUGAUGUGGAAGCUGCAACGAUACUACUACACUUUGAAAGUGGUGACAACGCUCACCAGAGAGGAGCUGGAUGCUCGCGACGCAGAUGUGCAGAAGAGUGACGUACUGGCCGGGGCAGCCAAAGCUGAGCCCGAGGUCAUGGCGGACAACGUCGGCCUCAAAAUGAUGAAGAUGAUGGGCUGGACUGGAGGUGGCCUCGGCAAGAACGAGCAAGGCAUCGAGAAGCCUGUGGAGGCGGCCGGUGUCAUCAGCCGCGCCGGUCUCGGCUUCGGAGGCAAAUUCGACUUCAAGAAGAUCAACCAAGUGCUGCUGCAGUUCAAGCGCGACACCGACGGCCCCUCGGAGCUAGUCUUCGCCAAGGACUUCUCCAACGAGGAGCGCAGCAAAAUUCACCAGGCUGCUAAAAAGUACGGUUUGAAAUCGAAGAGUGUCGGCCCCAAGUGUAGUCGCCAGCUGUUUGUGUCCAAAGACAUCUACUACAAUAAAAUGGAUCCCUGGAAAUUCAUGGAGUUAUAUCUGAGUCUAAAGGAUAAGUAUUAUCAGAAGUUUGAGUUAUUGCCACCGAUAUUGUCUGAUCUUGUGCUAACUGAAGGUGUCACAUAUAUAGGAUUAGACUCAUAAUAACUGGUAAAACCAUUUGAAAAUAAUUGAGUACAAAGUGUAUUAAGAUGUAAAAAGUAAUAUAUUGGUUACAGCAGAGGUCCCAAACGGUGCGUCGCGGCACCAGAGGUUGCUGCCUGGCCUGGCUACUGCCAAAAACUAGACUACCAAAACUACUCCCCAAAUGUAGUUUUUCUUAGUUUUGCAAUGUGGGGUUUCCGCUGUAUAAAAUCUGCUAUAAAAUCCAAGUAUAGAGCAAGCCUUACAAAAUUCAGUUUGCAACAAUAUCAAAAUUUAUACCCAAAUAUGAUAAUCUUAUAAAAGACAAACAAGCCCAUCCCUCACAUUGAAUCAGUCUAACCUACUUAUUCUAUAAAUUUUAUUCAUAUUUAUAUCAUAGAAUUUUCUCAUAAAGGGAGUCGUGCUUUUUCCAAUGCUUUAUUCAAGUUAUUUUUUCUGUACACAAAGGCUCAACUCACACUUACGCGACUCAGGUCGAGAAGAGACUCGACUCUAGUCGAGAGCACGUGUUUCGAAAUGGUGACACUCAGACCAGUCGAUUCCAGUCCAGUCUCCACGACUGUCACCAUUUGAAAACACAUGCUAUCGACUAGAGUUGAGUCUCUUCUUGACCUGAGUUGCGUUAUUGUGAGUUGAGCCUAAGGAAACCGUUGGUCAAAAAAGUUUGGGAACUCUGGGUAACUGCCAAACGAUGUGAAAUGUAUAAUAAUUAUACAAAAAUUGUUGUCUUUCAUUAAUUGAGAUUUACCAUUGAAUUGAUUUACAUUGAUUUACAACUCAUUUAUCAACAAACAUAUUAGUUUUAUUUUUGGACUAAUCUCUAUCAUUUUUAUAAGUAGUGUAAAUAUUGAUAAACCAUUGUCAAAAUCACAAUAUCAAGACCUGGUAAUCUAAGAUCAAGUUUUCAAUCAGAGACAAUUAAAAACUAUUUCUAAUUUAAAAACUUAGAAUAAAGAAUGUAUUUCUCAGAUAACCCAAUGUGCAUAGAAUAAUGAUAAAAUUAAAAAUGCUCAUUAUAAU